ACUCAGUUUCUCGCAGUUUAAAAUGGCGGCGUUGAGCAGCGCCGAGUCUCCACCGCCCGUCUUUAACGGAGACACCGCGGAGCGGGAUCCGGGCAGGGAGCAGGGCCUGGAGGAGCUUGGCGCCGGGCUCGACGCGUCCUGCACGGCGGGGAUCCCCGGGGGUCCGCAGGAUGAGGAGGUAAGCGCUCCGGCGGCGGGGAGCGGGGCUAAGCUGAGCAGCGGACCCGGGCUAGGAGCGGAGGUAAUUGGAUGUAAACGUUCAGGAAACACCGGCCGGAGCCCGGAUCAAGGGGGGAGGCAGCGCGGGGGGGAGAACGGUGCAUGAAGGGGUAACGGUUAAUCUGAGCUGGGGGUGAGGGAGGGGGGAGUCAGAGAACCGGAGCGGGCGGGAGGGAGGGGAGCGUUUAUCCGGGGGAGCGAUGCUUGUUUCGGGCCUGCUUCAGUCCUCCGCUCCUGCUCCCGUAGUCCAGCAGAGAGACCCACUGCAGCUGCAGCACACACACACACACACACACACACACACACACGGCAGUGUUGACGCAUACACACUUUCGGUUGUGUGUGCGUGCGUGUGUGUGUGUGUGUGUUAUUGUGUGUGUGUUAUUGUGUGUGUGUGUGUGUGUGUGUAGCGGAUUGUAACGUGCUCUCCUCACAGGGAGGUGAGGAUGAGGAUGGAGGAGGAGGAGGAAGCGAACUCAGUCGUGCCUGUGUGAUGUUCAGGUGUGUUAGGACACACAGGUUAGCUUCAGGAACACAGGACACACACACACACACACACACACACACACACACACACACUGAGCAGGUAUCCUGGUGUGAUGCGGGUCACAGGCCUCUCUGAUGGUCCAGGACUUCAGCUCCUGCAGGACUCUGUCAGACCCAAACACGAAGAUCAUCUGAUUUAGGACUCUGUUUAAACCCUGAAAAAUCACAUUAAAGGGAUAUUCAGGCGUCAAAUUAAUUUAGGGUCAAACACACAGAGUUAGAAAGAAAGAAAGAAAAUUCUAGAUAUUCUAGGUUAUUGUGACAAUGAGCCCGAUGCAUACGGGCCGAUCUACUCAGUCUAACUCUAUUCUAUGUGCCAUGAGUGACAUUGACAAGUACAACACACCGAGCGGUUGCCCACGUUGUUUUCAAAAUCUAUCUAGCGAAGGGGUCUGCUAUCUUGAACUUUAUCACAGGACCUCAGCCUACAGGUUCGAUGGCCACUAGCAGUACCUGCGCAGUAAAGGUCCCGAGGGGCGGCGGUAAAACUUCAGGUUAUGACAAAAGGUAAUCCAGCGCAGUGUUUCUGUAUCGGAAUUGGAUCAGUAUUGGCCGAUACUAAACUGUAGAUAUUUGCAUCUCUAUCGGAGGUGAAAAAAGCUGAUCGGUGCAUCCCUAUGAUCAUAAAUGUUCUUCCUUAAGCUGUGUCACCCCGCUGUAGUCUGUAAUGGACUGGCCUGAGGUCUCGAUACAAACAAGCGUCUGCUGGAAGAGAGUAGGUGAGUUGUGUUUAGUCUCUUUGCUAAAGAAAUGAGUCAAAGUUAAAAAGAUGUUUGGUGUCUAGUACUAUGUCUGUGACCCUAUAUGUACUAACCUCAGUAGAACAUGGUGUAGUUCCGUUCAGUAACAGAACCUCAUUGGAAAAUGAGCUGAUUUAACUUUACUGUGCUCUUGUUCAAAUAUAUUAACUCGACAGCGCAUAAAUCCAUACCUGUUAACAAAAUCAUGAUUUUAUUGAUAAUUCGGCUCAAUAAAAACACCUCAUGGAGAAGGAUUCAGGUACGAGACAAACAGAAGAAACAUGUUCCUGCAGAAGUUAACACCAUCAAACCUCAGGACAGUCCUGUGAUUUUACAGACUUUUUUUUUUGGCAAUUUUGCCAAGUUUUUGUAGGAUAGGGUGAAAUGUGGGGAGAUAGAGAGUGGAGGACACGCAGGGCAUGGUCGGGGCCGGACUUGAACCCAUGGCCGCUGCGGGUACCGUGGUCACCAAGCAUGUGGAGUGCUAACCUGCUUAGCAAUCUGCGUGCCUAACAUUUCAGAGAUUUUUAAGUUCGUAUUCAUGGUUAGAUCUCAAACUCUAAAACAGUCUCCAAAAUAGAAUAGAAUACAACAGAAAAACAGAAUAGAAGCUCUUUAUCCUGCUACAAUCAAACUAUAAAAAUCAUCGUCGGUGUUUCCGUGUGACCCGGUAUCUUCACCUUCUACAGAUCUUCUUCCUGUCUGAUGACGCCAAAAUAUUUGUGCAGCGUUCUUUGAGUUUGAUGGUCAUGUGACCAAUACAAACAUGUUACACACACAAACACAGAGUCAGAUCAGCUGAUGAGUGUAAACAGUCAGAGGUUGGAACGUUUACAGACACACGAGCAGACUGUGAGUUCAGGUAUCAGUCUUUGGUUCGGUUCUGUUGUUGUUUGGUUCUGUCCGUCUCUUGGUUCUUGUUAAAAAUAAACUUGAUUUUACUCCGACGUGUUUUCUCUCAGUCUGAACGAGUUUUUAAAGAGGUCACUCAAAAACUCAUCAGCUGAUCUACAGAGAGCAGGAAGGGUCAAACGAGCUCAGAGAAGAAACCGGACAGUCCUGGUCUACACCUGAUCCAGCCUCAGGUUUUUAUGUGACCCUAGUCUGUGACGGAGGAGGACUUCCUCUUGGUCUCCUGAGAUCUUUGAAAACCUGAACGUUUCAGCUCAUGGAGCUCAGGUCUGAAGGUCAGGACUGAAGAGUUCACCUUGAGAACUAAAUCUCUGUGGACUGACCAACAGAUGAUCCGGGAAGUUCAACAAGAACUCCAGAGUUUCUCAGUCCGACCAGUUCCUGCACAGGAACAGGAACUUCAUUUAGACCCUGUUCGUGGAUUUCAGGUAAAGUUCCUGAGGUUGAACUGUUGAUCCAGAGUCUUGGUUCUGUAUCAGCUCUUCAGACUUUGGUCUGUCUCUGGAGGAUUUGAUGUGAUGGUUCCAGGAUCUCUUGGUAUCAGAAGAUAGAUUCAGUCAAACCUCAAACCGGCUCAAGUCCAAGUCUGAGACCAUGAAUCCUGCUGUCUAAGGGGAACUCUGGGCCAGACAUGGACCGGGUUCAGGGUUCAGGGUUCAGGGUUCAGGGUCAUCAGCUGUUCGUCAUGGUGCUAGUUUUGCACGAAGUGGAUGGGGGCGGAGCUUGUGUGGUUGCCUAGGUACAGCUUUGAUUCAGUCAGGUUAGGCUAAGUUAGCUGACAGCUGCCUGUAGAGGGUUCUGAGGUUCUGAUGCUCCAGCACCGUGGACGGUACCGGGUUCUUCACUUGUUUAGAACAGAUGGCUGUUCUGCACAUGUGCAGUAGCGUUUAUUUAAGUACUAAUGUAAAAGUGUAAUUUUACCCAGAUACCCAGGAAUAAUCGAUCACUUGAUCACACAAUAAACGAGUUUUUGAGGUCUCAUGGACCUGUUUGAACGUGUUUCUGGUUCUGAUAGCGGGCUGGACUCGGCAUCCUCCGAUCUCCAGACUUUGGUUCUUCUCUGGAUGGUUCAGGAUCUCCCAGGAUUUAAAGGGACAGAUGAAGAAACUGGAGGAUUUAAAAUGGUCCUUAAAGGGAAACCAAACAAUUGUUUUCUUGUUUUUGUGUCUCUGAUAGUUCGAUGAGUUCUGGUCUGUCAUUUAUGACCCUCUAAAAUGUCUCUGGAUGUCUCAUAAACCUCGUGUCCCAGGUCAGAUUGUGGGAUAUUCCCUCAUUUUUGCUUUGGUCCAGUAGAGGAUUUCUCCAGAACCAGCAGACAUACGCUUCUUCAUGGAUGUGAUAAAGAUGGAGACAGGAUGCUGCUGACACAGAUGAACUUUGAGGGCUCGACAGUGCGACUGUUUCACUCACAUUUGUGACUAAAAAUAGAUUUGUGCAAAUUUUAAAAUGUAAAAAAAUCAGCCGAGGUAACAAAUAUAUUUUCCUGUAAAUACGGCGGUGAAGUUAGUUUCAGGUUGGAUAUAUUUUCCUGUAAAUACGGCGGUGAAGUUAGUUUUAGGUUGGAUAUAUUUUCCUGUAAAUACGGCGGUGAAGUUAGUUUCAGGUUGGAUAUAUUUUCCUGUAAAUACGGCGGUGAAGUUAGUUUCAGGUUGGAUAUAUUUUCCUGUAAAUACGGCGGUGAAGUUAGUUUUAGGUUGGAUAUAUUUUCCUGUAAAUACGGCGGUGAAGUUAGUUUUAGGUUGGAUAUAUUUUCCUGUAAAUACGGCGGUGAAGUUAGUUUUAGGUUGGAUAUAUUUUCCUGUAAAUACGGCGGUGAAGUUAGUUUCAGGUUGGAUAUCUGACGGACAUUCUCUGAGGAUCUACCGGUGUCUUCUCACUCUCCAUAACCGGGAAUAACAACAGCAGCGCGGUUAAAUCUACUCGACACCCUCACUGUCAACGUCGGUGUUGAACAAGGGACCGUCAAUAAAUUACCGGUUGAUGUUCUCAGAAAAGGCUGUUUUCCUUCAAUAGCUUCACUGUCAUGUGACCAAAAGACCUAAAAUUGACUUCUAAUAAUCGUACUAAUAUUCUCAUUGUGCCCUUAAAGUUCUUUGUGUGUUCCUUACUUUUUUAACUUCGGAGCUCAUGUGCCCUUAAGCUGAAAAAGUGUCUAAAAUUAUUAAAUAAUCAAAAAAAUUAAAAAGACAGUCCCUUUCUCACUGUGAACCCAGGUUCCUCCUCUGUGUCAAUGGUCUAGUUGGUCCUCACAGAUCCACUCGGCUGUUUAUUUUGAAGCUUCAGGAGAUUUUGGGUCAAACUUUCUCUGUUUUCCAAAUAUCAGUGGAAGAGUGCGCCGUGGUUUCUUCGGUUUAGUUGCAGGUCGAGUCCUUUCUGCUUCAGUCUGCAUCUUUAAGAGAAAAAAACACGUUUGAGUCACGUUAGCGAGCUGAAGGCUGAUAACAAAACAACCAACAUCGUCGUGAAGGUCAGGGUGCCGGUGUCGUACUUAGCGGCAGUAAAACGUCGGAUAGGAAGCGGGGUCGCAGUGAGGGCUCUCCUGACUGCUGGGUCGGCUUCGCUGCUUGCAGAGUGCGCUCGGCGGGCGCUGCAGGCACGCGCACCGUAGUAUCGAUACCAUGGCAAAUUAGUAUCAUAUCCAGAUAUCCGGUGUGUAAGUAUCGAUACUUUAGACAACCCUGGUCAGCUGUGAACCGGACCGUCUGUUUUUUCCCCGCACAGAUCUGGAACAUCAAACAGAUGAUCAAGCUGACCCAGGAACACCUGGAGGCUCUUCUGGACAAGUUUGGAGGAGAGCACAACCCUCCCUCCAUCUACCUGGAGGUAGGACGGUUCGAUUUUCUGUUUUUUAGAGUUUGAUGAGUGUGAAGGUUCGAGAGGAUGGCGCUCUGACUCCCUCUGCUCCUCCUCCUCCUCCUCUCCAUCAGGCGUAUGAGGAGUACACUAGUAAACUGGACGCUCUGCAGCAGAGGGAGCAGCAGCUGCUGGAGGCCAUGGGGAACGGCACCGACUUCCUCUGCUCCCCGUCCCCUGUCCCCGCUCUGCUGGAGGUCAAGAUGGGGGGCUGUGGGGUCGGAGGGGGGGCUCAGGCUUUCCCCUCGGCCCCCAACACCUUAGCUGUCCUCCAGACCCCCACAGACGCCAGCAGGGCCAACCCUCGCUCACCACAGAAGCCCAUCGUCCGGGUCUUCCUGCCCAACAAACAGAGGACAGUGGUAGGUCGUUCAGGUGUUUGUUAGAAGCUCCAAAGACCUGAGGAGGUCUACAGAAGAACUGAACUCUGAUUGGUCCAUCAGUUCAUUGACUUUCAUUGUGAUGCGUUCAGGUACCGGCCCGCUGUGGGAUGACGGUGAGAGACUCGCUGAAGAAAGCUCUGAUGAUGCGGGGACUGAUCCCAGAAUGCUGUGCGGUUUACAGGAUACAGGACGGGUGAGUGUGAACGCUAAUCAAUGAUAAUGAUAAAUUAAAAAAUUAAUACAUAAAUAAAAAAGAUUAAUAAUAAUUAUAUUAAAAAGUAUUAUUAUGAUAAGUUUAUUAUUGUUAUUGUCAACAUAAUUGUAUUUUUUUAGUUUUAUUAUGAUCAUUAUGUUUUUUUAUUAUAACUGUUACUAUAAUAAUUUUAUUUUUUCAUUACUAUUAAUAUAAUUGCUGUAAAUAGUUUUAUUAUUGUACUUAUUUUUAUUUCUAUUAUUAUUAAAAUUAUUACUGUUAAUAGUUUAAAUAUUAUUAUAAUUAUUACUAUUAUUACUGUUACUAUAAUAAUAAUGAUAUGUUUUUAUUUCUUUUAUUAUCAUUAUUAUAAUGUUUAUUACUUUUAAAUUUAUAAUUAAUUUAAUCUAUUUUUCGUUAUUAUUAAUAUUAUUGCGUUAUUAGUUUCAUUAUUAUAAUUGUUUUUAUUUCUAUUAUUAUUAUUAUUAUUUUUAUCAUUGAAAUAAUUACUGUUACUCAUGUUAUAAUUUUUUAAUUAUUUUUUUUUAUUAUUACUAUUAUUAUUAUUAUGUUUAUUACUUUUAUAAUUAAUAUUACUUUAAUUAAAACAUUUUUUGUUAUUAUAUUUUUGCUUUUAUUAGUUUUUUAUUAUAAUUAUCAGAAUUAUUUUUAUUUUAUUAUUAGACAUAAUAAUUCUGGUGUUUUAAAGUGAAAAUCUCUGAUCACAUAAUUCUGGGUUGUUAAAGACCAAAGUCUCUCAGAUCAGAUCAGAUGCAGGUCUUACUUCAGGUCCAGAUCUUAGGGGACACGGAGGAUUUCACUCUCAGUCAGACUGAUGUUCAGUUUUUCUCUGAAGCUGUGGAUCCUGAUCGUUCUGGAUCUGCUGCUGUUCUGGCUCACGGUUCUUGGUUGGAUCCCUUUGUGUGGACUUGUUUUGGACGGUUUGAGGCGCAGACAGCUCCACUCACCGCCGUCCUCCUCUCUUUGUUUCAGGGAGAAGAAGCCGAUUGGCUGGGACACCGACAUCUCCUGGCUGACGGGAGAGGAGCUGCACGUGGAGGUGUUGGAGAACGUGCCGCUCACCACACACAACUUUGUGAGUAAUCACCCUCUCACAUCCCGACGACGGGGAGCGUUGGACAUGUUGGACUGAGUCAGCUGGAGUCGGUCCUGAUGCUGCUGCUGCGUGUGGUUUUUUGAUUGACAGGUGAGGAAGACCUUCUUCACGCUGGCCUUCUGCGACUUCUGCAGGAAGCUGCUGUUCCAGGGUUUCCGCUGUCAGACCUGCGGCUACAAGUUCCACCAGCGCUGCAGCACCGAGGUCCCGCUCAUGUGUGUCAACUACGACCAGCUCGAGUGAGUCCCACCACCCAGGACUGUCAGGGGUUUAGACCGGUCAGAGGACUCAGAUAAGAGAUUAUUGAUGGUUCACAAAGACGGAUCACAGAAACUACUUUACGAUAAACUCAAAACAGCUCGUCAAACCCGGAAGACAUUAGCGGCGUUUAGAGAUAACGAUCUUUUUUUUUAUCACAACAAUCUGAUCAAUAAUCCUGUUUUCACCGGUAUAUCAGUGUGGAUUUACCAUCAAACGUCUCUGAUCAAACUCCUGUUUUUGUGGCUGGAUUGUAAACCUUGUUGCAGGUGUAGAAAUGUCUGGAAACCCUCGAUAGAUCGCCAAAAGGGUAAACUAAUCAACACUUUUUAUCCCGUAGAGAUACACGGUAUAGAUCCUGAGAAACUAUAAAUAAUAUUCAUGGUGUCACGGGGGAUCGACGGCGCUCCAGCGGAGUUUGAAGAGUUAACGAGUCUCUGUCUGUCUGUAAAUAAAUCUUCAUCUUGUUUCUUUUGCAGCUUGUUGCUCGUGUCCAAGUUCUUCGAGCAUCACCCGUUCACCCAGGAGGAGGUCUCCUCUGAGGGAACCACACCCGUGUCCGAGGCCUGCCCAUCACUCCCCCCAUCAGACUCCACCGGGUCAGUCCAGCGCCCUCAGACCUUCUUGUCCAUUAUGAAAGAUAAUGAAGGACUUUAACGAGUCCUGAAGAGUUUUAACUCAAAGGUUCACCUUGUCCCCCCAGGUCUAUAUGCCACCCCACUGUGUCCCCGUCCAAGUCCAUACCCAUACCGCCCAGUUUCCGACCCAACGAGGAGGACCACCGCAACCAGUUUGGCCAACGGGACCGUUCGUCUUCUGCUCCAAAUGUCCAUAUCAACACCAUCGAGCCGGUCAACAUCGACGUGAGUCUGCGCUCUUCUCUGCAGCUUUACUCAGAUUUUCUCUCAUGAAACUGAUCCUGAUCUCUGUCUUUGACCCCGCCCCUCCAGGACCUGAUUCGGGAUCAGGGCUUGCCCAGGUCCGACGGAGGUAAGGAUCAGAGACUUGUGGUUCAUUCCUAGGCUUUUUUCCCACCAUCCCGCGUCUGCGUGUUCUGGUCUUAUGUGUGUGUGUGAAGUUCAGUCAGCUGUGUUUAGUCCUGCACUCAGAUCUGGGGGUCCAGGUUUCAGCAGACCUCCUGAACUUUUCUCUGAGCUGCUCCUCCACAGUCUAUGUGCAGCUGAACCAAAGGGAGGGAUCAGGUUCAAACUGGACCUGGAUCUUUGUUAGAAGGACUUUGGUCGUCCAGGAAAAUUCAGUUAGAGAAAAAAAUGGAUCUGAAGAUUUUAAAAACUUUUACUUCGACACAGUGAACAGAUAAAUAAUAAAAUGAAAAUAACAAUGUAAUAAUAAUAAUAAUAAUGAUAAUAAUAAUAAUAAUUAUUAUUAUUAUUAUAUUUUAUUAUUGAAAUAAUAAUUAUAAUAAAAAUAAAGUAAUGAUAAUAACAAACUAUUAAUAAUUAUAGUAAUAAUAAUAAAUAAUAAUGAUUAUAAUGAUAAAAAUAAUAAUAAUUGUGUAAUUAUAAUAGUAAUAAUAAUAAUAAUUAUUAUUAUUAAAUAAUAAUAUAUUAUCAAGAUAAUAAAUAAUUAAAGUAAUAAUAAUAACAAAAAUAUUUUUUAUUAUACUAAUAAUAAUUAAAACAUAUAAUAAUAAUAAUAAUGAUAAUAAUAAUAAUAAUAAUGAAUUAAUAUUUUAUUGUUUUUGACUAUACUCUGUAAUAAAACUCAUGAAAGUUUGGGAUCUUAAAGCUGAAUUUUAAAACAAUUUCUUGACCUGAAGUCACACAAAGACCAAUUAAAGGGGGUCAGUCUGUAGUUCCCUGUGUGUCCACUAGAAGCCGUCAGAAACCACAUACAGUUCGCAGAUAUUCAGGUGAAGAGAUAGGCCCGGCAGGGGGUGUAGGUGGUGAGCGCCAUGGAGCAGCUGCAGUAAAAGCUCUUUGUCCACAAGGGGGCGCAAAAACCAACACUAACUCAAAGCUCCUUAUUGGAGCUUUAAAUUCCAGUACCUGAUAAAUUCAGACUCUCAGAGUUUGUCUCUCUCCAAUUAUGUUUGCAGGUGAGACAGAUAAUAAGUUAUAUUUUGUUUUUGAACCUCUGAGCUUCAUGCUAACCUGACCUGACCUCGCCCUGACCCCGUUUCAGGAUUUCAGAGUAAAAAUGAGAAAAUCUAAAAACAGGAGAAAUCGUAGAAAUGUGGAUCAUAGACGGUGCAGCAGGUGUGAGUCUCCAUGCGUUAGCUUUAGCCUGGACAGUUAGUUGGAGGUGCGAGGGGCCGGGUGAGUAGCAGUGAUGGUCUGUCUGUUUCUCUUUGCCCUGCAGCCCCCCCGAACCACCCCGCCCGCUGCUUGAGGAAGCACCGAACCCGGACCUCAAGCCCCCUCCUAUACUCCUACCCCAAUGACAUAGUCUUUGAUUUUGAGCCCGAGCCUGUUUUCCGAGGUAGUUAGGCCUCUGUGUGUUUCUGUGUCCUCCAUACACCCCCCACAUACACACACACACCCCAUCCCUGUGUCACUGUGUGUGUCCUCCUCCUCCUCCACCUCCUCUUUAUGUCCUCACAUGCCUGACAGAGCUCACUCUCUCACUCUCACUCUCUCUCUCUCUCUUUCUCUGGAUGGUGGUUCGAAUCAUGUCUUUAUCUUAUUGGAUUAUUUCUUAGUAAACAAGUUUGAGUUCCUUUAAUGACUCGGGUUCACCUGAGAGGGGGAUGGACCUGCUAGAACAGCUGACGUUGGUUAUCUAGAGCUACAGCUGAAUAGAUAGUAGAUAGAUAAUAAAUCUGUAAUCUACACUAGAGUCAGUCAGAGUUAAAACUGACUCAGGUGCGUUAGUUUAAUUAGUAUUUUCAUAUUAAAGGGAUAUUCCGAAGUGAAAUUAAUUUAGGGUCAAACCCACCAUAACACCGAGUCAGACCCCCCCUCCAGAGAUGAAUGUUGUCGACCGCUUGCUUCUCUAGUUAUACCAACUUUAGUAACGACCGCAGGAUAGAAAUACAGAGAGCCACGCCCCCAACCAAAACGCCACUCUAUAGCCACAAAUAAUGCUCAGAACAGCACCUAACUUCAUCAACAGGACAUAUAGGGUCACAGCCAUAGUACUAGACACCAAACAUCUUUUUAACUUUGACUCAUUUCUUUAGCAAAGAGACUAAACACAACUCACCUACUCUCUUCCAGUCCAUUACAGACUACAGCGGGGUGCCGCAGCUCAAGGAAGAACAUUAAUGAUCAUUUCUUUAUCAUUUCCUUGAAGUAAUAAUCACCAUAUAAAUCAUUUUACAGACGCAGUAGUUCUUCUGUCUUAGCGUCUCGGUCUGAUUGUAUUUCCAUGAAGAAAUGAUCAUAAAUAUUCUUCCUUGAGCUGCGGCACCCCGCUGUAGUCUGUAAUGGACUGGAAGAGAGUAGGUGAGUUGUGUUUAGUCUCUUUGCUAAAGAAAUGAGUCGAAGUUAAAAAGAUGUUUGGUGUCUAGUACUAUGGCUGUGACCCUAUAUGUACUAACCUCAGUAGAACAUGAUGUAGUUCCGUUCAGUAACAGAACCUCAUUGUAAAAUUAGCCGAUUUAACUUUACUGUGCUCUUGUUCAAAUAUAUUAACUCGACAGCACAUAAAUCCAUACCUGUUAACAAAAUCAUGAUUUUAUUGAUAAUUCGGCUCAAUAAAAACACCUUUACCUUUUCAUUUUACUACAGUAGAAGUUUAUUGGCCCAGUUUAUAGACUACAGAAGUGGAGAAACGCCCCCACUUAAGUUUAUGUUUUCUUAGGAGUUCGAACAACUCUGAAUAUAGUCCUAUGUCUGUGACCCUAUAUGUCCUGUUGAUGAAGUUAGGUGCUGUUCUGAGCAUUAUUUGUGACUAUAGAGUGGCGUUUUGGUUGAGGUUUGUUUAUGGCUCCUCAGACCGCUGUGUCUCAACGGGGGGUCUACCUCAGUGUUACGGUGGGUUUGACCCUAGAUUUAUUUUACACCAGAAUAUCCCUUUAAGAGUCGAACUAAGAACUGCCAUCCAACAAACACCCUCACCUCUCCUCUGCAUGUGUUCACACACACACACACACACACACAGUCUUUACUUCCUCCUCUCUUUCAUCCCUCUUUCUCCGCUCACCUCUCUUCCUCUUCCUUUUUCGUCUCCCCCUCUCCAGGCUCGACCACGGGGCUGUCGGCCACGCCCCCCGCCUCUCUACCUGGCUCUCUGACCAACGUGAAGGUCCCGCAGAAGUCGCCAUGCCAACAGAGGGAGCGCAAGUCGUCAUCCUCGUCCGAGGACCGCAAUAAGAUGGUGAGAGUCCGUCCCGGAUCGGGGACCUGGUCUCUCAGGUGGUUUCUGUGGGUCUGUGCUGACUGUGCGUUUUUGUGUGACAGAAAACUCUGGGGAGGAGGGACUCCAGCGACGACUGGGAGAUCCCGGAGGGUCAGAUCACUCUGGGUCAGAGGAUAGGAUCUGGAUCCUUUGGGACCGUCUUUAAGGGAAAGUGGCACGGUGAGGGCGGCGCUCUCUCUCUUUCCUCUUUGUCAGUUUUUGUGACGUUUCCUGACGUUUCCUGUGCGUCCUCUCAGGUGACGUCGCAGUGAAGAUGUUGAACGUGACCGCGCCCACACCUCAGCAGCUUCAGGCCUUCAAGAAUGAAGUGGGAGUCCUCAGGUACCCCUCGUCUUUAGACCAGGUUCUGGGUCUGUCUCUCCUGUAUGUCCGCGGUUUAACGGGCCGUCUGUGUUUGUGCGACAGGAAAACGCGUCACGUGAACAUCCUGCUCUUCAUGGGCUACACCACCAAGCCUCAGCUGGCCAUCGUGACGCAGUGGUGCGAGGGUUCGAGUCUCUACCACCACCUGCACAUCAUCGAGACCAAGUUUGAGAUGAUCAAACUGAUCGACAUCGCCCGGCAGACGGCGCAGGGCAUGGAGUGAGUGAACCCGCCGACACCCGCUAAGAGACCCCCAGAGGUACCUGAGGUCUUACUAACACACCUGUCCUCCUUUUUCAGCUACCUGCACGCCAAGUCCAUCAUCCACAGAGACCUGAAGAGCAACAGUAUCCUGUCAACGAGAGAGAGAGCGCAGACUUGAACCCUCAGGGGUCCGUAAAAAAGUUAUGUUUAGGUCCAAAAAUGACCAUCUCCUAAAAGUGCUCUAAAAAUAUUAUACAUUAAUAUUUCUUUGAACUUUGAACUGAUCAUAUCUAUCAAAUAUUGAUUCAUUUUCAGAAUUUUAACCCUUUAAAUGCCAGUUUGAUUUUAUGACGUCACUGUUUUUUUUAUUGGGAAAAAAGGAAUUUUGUUUUAUUUUCCAUAUUUCAGCUGCUGGGCAGGAAUACCUUUGUUUUUUUUUUUAAUCAAAGUCUAUUAUUAUAUAUUAUUAUGCAUUAUAAUGUUUGAUUUAUCGUCUGAUUUUUAAAAAGUUAUAUUUAGGUCCUGAACGUGUCGUGUUUUUGUCACACAGUGAAUAUUGACCUGAUGAAUUAACGGGUGAUCACCUUUUAAAACUUUGACUGAAAAAACAAUCAUCCCGUUUGUAUUAACAGCCAAAAAGAUCAACAAGUAAAAGUUAAAGAGUCACUAAAAAGAGCCGCAGAGGGUUAAAGAACAGUCAGCGACUUUAAUCAACAGGAAAAUGUCCCGACGAGUUUUCAGGUGGUCGUUAAAAUAAUCUUUCCCAGCGGUGGUCAGAGGGUUUCAGGUGAUGAUGAUGAUGAUGAUGAUGAUGAUGAUGAGGAGGAGGAGGAAGAGUCUCCUUAACUUCUCCUCUCAGAUAUUUUCCUCCACGAGGAUCUGACGGUGAAGAUCGGAGACUUCGGUCUGGCCACGGUCAAAUCCCGCUGGAGCGGCUCGCACCAGUUCGAGCAGCUGUCGGGCUCCAUUCUGUGGAUGGUCAGUGAACCUCUGAUGUCAAAGGUUAAAAACGGCGUUUGUUUCUGUGCGUCAUGUGACUGGUGUGGUGUCGCUCUCUGCUCCUCAGGCUCCGGAGGUGAUCCGGCUGCAGGAUAAGAAUCCGUACAGCUUCCAGUCCGACGUUUACGCCUUCGGCAUCGUUCUGUACGAGCUGAUGUCCGGGGCGCUGCCGUACUCCAACAUCAACAACAGAGACCAGGUAGGAGGACGACCCGGUCCCACAGGGUCCAGAACCCGGGUCGGACAGGUUUUAAAGUCCAUGUGUUUGUGAUGGAGAUCUGAGGACUUUAAAGGGACAUUCCGCUGUUUCUGCAGUUUGACUUACAUGUUUUAGCCUUGUUGGAUGAUGGUUAGCUCCGCCCCUUUCAUGAGGCAGACGCUGCUCCUCUGUAGACCUGACCCUGAACCCUUGUAGAUCUCUGUGGUCACUCUGACAAACCAUAACACCUCCUCCUCUUCUUCUUCUUCUCCUCGCACAGAUCAUCUUCAUGGUGGGGCGGGGUUACCUGUCUCCUGACCUCAGCAAGGUGCGCAGCAACUGUCCCAAAGCCAUGAAGAGGCUGAUGGCCGACUGUCUGAAGAAGAAGAGGGAGGAGCGACCUCUGUUCCCCCAGGUCAGACUCAGACUCGGGGUCGUUUUUACUCGUUUCCUCUCUGACUCGGUCUCAGACCUCCUCCGUCUUCAUCUUCAUGUUUUCGUCUCCUAAUCAAACUCGUACCCGGCGUCACCGUUGAUCUCGUGUUUUCAGAUCUUGGCGUCCAUCGAGCUGCUCGCUCGCUCUCUGCCCAAAAUCCACCGCAGCGCCUCGGAGCCGUCACUAAACCGAGCCGGCUUUCAGACCGAGGACUUCAGCCUGUACGCCUGCGCUUCACCCAAAACCCCCAUCCAGGCGGGGGGCUACGGUGAGGACACACACACACACACACAUGUCUCCUUGAUUCCUUCACUUAGAGGAUUUUUGAAGGGUACAUUUUUUUACUUUAAUGACAAAGUUUCAGGGACUCUGAACAAAUAAAUAAAAACCUGCAAAAGUCAAAUCGGGGUCGUGAUGUCACUCAAACACUGUCAUGUGACAGGAACCAGGUGGUCAGGGUUCAAGAGUGAUGAGGUUAUUUUAGGAAGAUGAAGUCCUGAUGUGGAGAUAAAAAAGUUUUGAGAUGUUUCAGGUUAAAAGUCUCAAAGUUACGUCUCAAAAAUAAAGUUCUAAUCUUACGUUUGUGUUUUUUUUUAAAGUCACAAAUCUAAAAGUUUUUUCAUGUUUGAGCUCAGACUGUUUGGAGUUUUUAAAACCCUGAAACUUGGACUAAAGUCUGAUCGAUCAGGACGCCAUGAUUCUCAUGAUUUUCCUCGAUGUAAUCCCAAAGUUUUAUCUCAUUUUUAUCCUAAAAUAACGAACUUGUUUUCAGUCUAAACUGAAUAUUUGAGCCUCAAAUGUCAUAAAAUUUCACACACCUGGUUGAUUUUCACAUGUUCUAAGUAAUAAAAUCUGAUAAUUGUUCCUCAGCCUCUCUCUAACUCUCUCUCUCUCUCUCUCUCUCUCUCUGUUCUGGUCCGGUCCGGUCCGGUUUAGGGGAGUUUUCAGCGUUUAAAUAAGAGCUGCAGAUUUCUUCAGUCCGUCCCUCUCCACCUCUCUAAAGUCUCGUGUCCAUGCGAUGGAGUCAUCCAUUUCUGAACAAACUGAACAAACAAAGAAUGUGCUUUUUUCUUCCUCUGUCCACCUGAAGGGGGCAGCGUCCCCCCCACAGCGGUCCUCCAACAGACAGACCAAACUCAAUCAGGAAAAAACCACAAAACAAGACCUUUAAACGAGACGAAGGACAGAAAAAAAACACAACUCAAAAGAUUUCCAAACCAAAAGAGUUUCAGGAGGAGACGCCGGCCUGCCGAGGGAGCAGAGGGGAGAGAGGAGGAGGAGGAGGAGGAGGAGGAGGACCUGAGCAGGGAAGGCCGGGCUGCAGGAGGCACUUUGAGCGUCGGUCCGGUGUUGGCCCGGUCCUGAAAGAGCCGGAUGGUCCACCCUGAAGGAAGACGACUUGAAGAGAGAUUUUUUUCGUUUGUUUCUCACGUUAGCGAUCGAAGCGCCGCCGCCGCUGCUGCUGCUGCUGCUAACACUUUUGCUUUUUUUGUUCCUUUUGCAGCACAAGCCUUUUUCUUUCUUUGUCUUUUUGGGGCCGACCAAAUCCUGAGAUUUUUUUUUUCUCCAACAUAGUCGACAUGUGAGACUGAACCGUUUUGCUUUUUCUACCUUUUCAAAAACCUGCGUGUGGAAAGGACAGGAGUCCAGAUCCUGGUCUUCUUCUGAUGCGGAUCUGCUGGGUUACUGAGGAGUGUGUACAGGACCUCCAGCCUCGUCUCCACCUGCAUGUACUCUCAUUUUUCUUUCCUUAUUCUCGCUCACAUGGCUUUAAUAUUUGCACUCGGCUUCAAACGGGGACCUUAUCGUUUCUGCUGCGGCGAUUCCUGCUGAACGGACGAAUCCCACCUUUACUUUGUCCACACACACACACACACACACGUGCACACCUGUACUCUUCAUUCCAGCGUGUGUUCAGGGUCGUAGGUGUUUAUUCCAGGUUGAUUUUGUUAACGUCGAUGUUUGCCUUUUUUCUGUACAGGCAGGCCUGCAGAUAUUUACUUAUUUAUGUGAUAUUUUUGUUAAGUUUAUUUUCUCGAUUUGAAGCUAUCAGUCUUUCUUUCGGACGCUUGUUUUAGUCUUUUUGACUCGUGUACUUGCACUUUGUGGAGAUGGAUCGAAGCAAACGAGCGACUUGCCUUUUCUUUUUUUACGGACGAACAGAGAGCGAAUAAAAAUUCGGCUCCAGAUGAUCGAGUGUGAACUGUGAACUUUGACCUGGAGGGUUCUGGACCGUCUGCGAUGGAGGUCGAGUGAAAACCAAGCUGAAAACAUCCAUCCAAACUCUGACGGUCUGACUUCUCUCUUCCAUCAACCAUCAUGUUCGUCUUUCGUCGUGAACAGACCGUCAGCCCGCUAACCUAGUUCAGUUUUUUAAAGCUCCUCUGGUGUCGACUGAGGGACUAAUCAAGAGCUGUGAUUUUAAGAUCUAUGCCUGUAGAUCUGCAACGUAUAGAUGUGGUUUCAUAGAGUGAGGGGAGAGGGAACGGUGUCGUCAACAAACGAAGUGAACUGUGGGAGUCGGCAGCGGUUCUGUAAACUCUGGAGAGAGUUCUGUCAGCUGUUUCAUCAACUCCUGCCGCUCAGUCGUGAUAGAACUGUAACGAACCUUUAGAAACAUUUCACACGCUGUGGGAACUAUUGGAGGGAACUAUUCGUCAGCUAAGAUAGUUCUUUGUCCGCUGUGGGAAGAGUGCGCUAAUGUGUGGGAGCGCUUUCCCAAUUUGUGGGAACGGUUUUGUAAAAUGUAGAACAAGUGAAACUAACAGGAAAUGUUUUUUUCAACUUAGGGAACGGUUCCCAAAAGUUGGAAUGGUUUCCUAAAAUGUGGGAAUGUUUCAAUAAGUAGUCAGAACGGGUUUUACAAACGGAGGGAACUAUUUCGUAAAUUUUGGGAACAGUUUUGUAAACUCUAAAAACAGAUUUUCAAGUUGUGGGAACAGUUCUGUUAACUGUGAGAACAUUUUUCCAAACAGUGGGAAUGGUUUCGUCAACCGAGGGAACGGUUCCUAAAAGUUGGAAUGGUUUGCUAAAAUGUGGGAACGUUUCCGUAAGUAGUUGAAACUGGUUUCACAAACGUAGGGAACUAAACAGAAAUUAAAACUCUCUGAAGAAUUUCGUAAAGCGUUCACACGGCUGCGUUAGCUUUGGGAACGGCCAUCUAAAAUCUGGCAGUGGUGUGAAGAACUGUGGGAACGGUUUGUUGUAUGUAAGAGGACUUUUGGUGACUAUGAAUCAUAAACUGGAUAACCGGAUAGUUUCGUUUAAACGUUGUUUUGUCGCCGUCUUCGAUAACCACGGGGCUGUGGGAACAGUUUCCUAAAGUCUGGGCGUGAUCCUGUGAUCGGUGGUCGUGGGUUUCAUGAACGGUUUUGUUACUGUGGUCCCAGUUUUGUCGGCUUGUCUCAGUUUCGCUGGUUUUAGGGAUGAUUGGGAACCACAGUUUCUUUCUUUUAAAUGGACGUUUUUCUCAGGGCGGCGUCUGAGCGAACCCGCGUCGGUUCGUUUACGUAGAUUUAAGGACAGAUUUAAUCCCACAGCUUUUCUCUCUAACGGCAGGUUUAUUCUGAGACCUGCAGCUUUCAGGUUUUAUGAAUUAGUUCCCACAAACAGACAGAAUUAUAAACUGUACAAAGAGACUCAUUAACGGAGAUUACAGGUGAACAGACGGCUCUUUAUUCCCCUCAGCUGACACCAGGGGGCUCCACACAGGGUUUGACUGAGACUCUGUCCACUUUUCAUUUAACGUCACAUAUCAGCCGGUCAGGUGACCUCUGAGCUGCAGAGGAGGGUCAUAAAUCAUCCAAAUGAAGCCGGUCAGGUGGUUUUUUAUUCCUUCAGAGGAGGUUUUUAAGACGUCUGAGCUGUGAAGGAGGACUGUGACCGUCGGAGGUUUUGAGGCUGAAGCUGACAGAGAGAGAGAGUCUGAGGAAACCUUUUCAACUCAAGCUAUAGUAAAAAUAGUUUCUUCUCUUUUCAUAGAAAAGUUUAAGACUCUAAAUGUGUGAAAGUGAAUUCAGGAAAACAAACGUAUCAGUCUGAAACUUCAGUGUCUCUGGUUCUGCAUCGUUUUUUUCCUUUUAGUCUUUUUAUCGUCUGCUUCAGUGGAGGUCAGCAGUUACCCUGUCACCUCCAAAAUAACCCCUAAAAAGUGGGUUUUUGAAUCCUCCAUGUGCUGCACCAGUUAGUGCUUUCACACUUGUUUCAUCUGCAGAUUCCUCGAACCUUUUUGCAUCAAAAUCUCAAAAAGUUCCUGGAAGUGACGCCUUUAAAUUCCUCAUUCGCCAAGAAACUUUCACAUUUGAAGAAGCUCAAAACAGCGAAUAUUCGGUGCUGCUUUGGUUUGUUUUGCUUCAGGUCACACCUGUGAAUUUUACAUAAUCCUCAUUUUCCAGCUUUAAUGUGAGUUUCUUCUCUCAGAGGGAAAUCAGAGAAAUGAUGCAAACUCCUGUAAAAUGUUCUCCGAGUUCGUGAAGGUGAGACUCGAUGCAUUUGUGGUUCAGACCUUUAGGAGGGCAGGUGAACGUUUGAGACAUCUUUAAUUUACUCUAAACCUGCACGACCACGACCGAAAACGGCGAGUUUGCAGAGAUCCUGAAGUUUUACUCUGACGUUUCCUCGAGCUUCGGGUGAUUCUGAACCUUCGUUCUUGACGAUAAAAACAGGACGUGUGUUUUUAUGAAACUGUUUCGGCUGUACAGAUGAAUAUCGUAGAGUAAAGAGACGGUGGUAAAAGCUUCACAUGGCCUUCAUCCUCCUUCACAGACUCCAUCAUCAUCAUCAUCAUCAUCAUCAUCAGGUUGUUAAUAAAGUCCUCAGAGCGCUGUAUUUCUUCUCCUUACAGAUCUUCAUUUUCUCACCCUCCUUUCCUCUCUCCGUUUAACUUUCUCUUCUUCUUCUUCUUCUUCUCUAACAUUCCCUCCUCUUCUUCCUCUUCCUCCCUGCCUGCACCUUAAACCCUCCUCCUCUUCUUCCUCCUCCUCUUCCUCACCUGACCAUGAAGAACUUUAGAGAUUUUUGUUUUUUGUUUUGUUUUUUUGUUCCUGGUGUAAAUACGUGUACAGAUGAAAUCCUGUCAGUUUGCUAGGAGGCAUGGAGACUACAAAAAUGUAACAAACUAUAAAAUGUUGAAAAUAAAGAUGCCGAGAGUGAAAAAAGGGUUUUGAUAGGCAGGAACUGAGACAAACGGUGGAGUGUACAAAUAUUUAAGGCUGUAUCAUACGGAGAAAGAGCUUAAUGUAUUUGUUGUGAAUAUGAAAAACUGAUAUAUUAAAGAAGUGCAUGAAAACUGUAGCUCAGUUCAGGCCUCUUUAUUGUGUUUUGAUCAUGUAGGAAUAUUUCAGACCACAAGGUGGCAGCAUCGGACUGGGAAUAAGGAGCAGAGUCAGACAAACAGCACAAAUGUAAUGGUCACUUUUUACUCAUCAAUAUAUUUAUUAGUUUUAUACAGAUAAAUACAGUAAAGCUC